ACUGGCAAAUGGCAAUUGCAAUUUGGGGCUAACCGCACGACCCACUCGGCCCAUUCCAAGCCCCACCUUGCGUACGCGAGCCAAACGCUCCUGACAGGCUCCGUCUCCACCUAGGGUUCCGGCGAUGGCGCACGGCGGCUACCCGCGCCGCGGCGCCGCCGUCCGCCGGCCCAAGUCCUCGGCCUCCGCACCAGUUGCCGACCGCAAGCGGAAGCGGACCGCCGCCGCCAAGACCACCUCCCUUAAGAACCAGAUCCGCUCCACUGAGCGCUUCCUCCGCAAGGACCUUCCUGAUGACAUUAGGGUUGCCCAAGAGAAGAAACUAGAAGAACUGAAGAGGCAACAGGAGCUUCAGAAUCAACUCGCUGUUCAGCGAACAUUACAGUUGAGAGAUAGAAAGAUAAAAUUCUUCGAGAGGCGGAAGAUUGAGAGGAUGAUAAGGCGCCUUGAGAAGCAGCAACGUUCAAAUGGUGAUGGUUUCAGCAAUAAUCUCUCAACAUUGCGAGAAGAUCUUGAAUAUGUUAGGUUCUUCCCAAAGAAUGAGAAAUAUGUCUCGCUGUUCUCUGGAGGGAAUAGCCAAGAUAUUGUUCAAGAGAGGAAUAAAUGGCGUAAACAGAUCAAGGAUAAUCUCAUGGCUGCAGCAGCAAACGGAAAAGAUUUAGAAGAGACAGCAAGCGAUGACGAUACCUUGGACGUGAGUGAUGAUGACUUCUUUGUGUCUGGGAGUUCAAGCGAUGAAGAGGCUGAUGAUGAGUGGACUGACAAAAGUGCUAAGGAACCAGCUUCCAGUGCUUCUGGUAGGGCAGCAUCUGGCAUGUCAAGUGAUGAAAAGAACCAGCGUCAGAGAGAUGCUCGAGUUCUUAUGCCACCACCACGCUCAUUAGCACCAAAUAGAGCGAGACAUGCAGAUAAACGUGUGAUAUCUAGUUCGAGCAAUACUUCAAACAGUACAAGCGGUGAAUCAUUUAAAAAUAGAAGAGUACCAAAUCAUCCUGGGGAUAAUAACAGUAAUCUGAGUUCAAAUUCUGAUGCUCAUAAACCACGCCGCAAAAGGAGGCAUAAGAAGAAAAAGAAGCUGGCAUGAUGAAUAUUCCCAAAGCGCGUGAAUCGUGGGGUGGAAACUGAGAUUCCCAUCGAAGUUUGACUUUCAGCAUGGACUGCAUGGUCAAUUUGGAGAAGAAAAAACACAGCAUGUGCGAUGUGCCUGAGCAAGUUGAUGAUUUUGUAUCCUCACUCCUGAUGUAAAACGACUCUACAUCCAUUUGUUCAUGGAUAUCACUUACGGUGACCAGAUCUUGCCAGUCUUGCGGAUGCGUGUCCAUCAUUUUCACCGUGAAAUUAUGUAUAUGUUUUUCAUGGUCUACAACGAUUUUGUACUACCGGAGGGGUGGAACAUCGACAGCUCCAUGGACUCAGUACACCCCGUGUCUAGGUCUGGAGAUGGUGGCCUUUUUAUCCUUGCUAGGCUGUGAAUUGGUUGCCUGCUGGCUGCUCCCAGCUCUCAAGAGAUCUCAUGACCUGUAUGCAUGAUACGUAUGUUGCAUUG